AUGCAACUCUACACAGCUUUGUUACUGACCAUCCCUGUGCUUGCCCAGGCAGCGGCCGUCCCUAACUAUACCUGCCCAUGUAGUUCGGAAUCAGAAGCUUCAGCGACUUCCACAACAUGCGUACCAGUGACCACGAGGCUGCCAGCAUCAACAGUAACACCAACAACAUCGACAGCAACGCCAACGACAACUCCACAGGUCCCAGGGACUCCGGAAGCCAGUGGCCUUCGAUCAGUCAUUUAUUUUGUGAACUGGGCUAUCUAUGGACGUCAACACAAUCCGCAGGAUCUGAAGAUUGAUCAGUUUACCCACAUUCUAUACUCAUUUGCCAAUAUUAGAUCUACCGGGGAAGUAUACCUUUCUGAUACUUGGGCUGACCUAGACAAGCAUUACCCCAACGACAAGUGGGAUGAACCUGGAAAAAAUGUGUAUGGUUGUAUUAAACAGAUGUACUUACUGAAGAAGAGGAACCGAAACUUAAAAACUCUCCUUUCCAUCGGAGGGUGGACAUAUUCUUCUAAUUUUAAGGGCCCCGCCGGCACGGACGCAGGUAGAAAAACCUUCGCAGAGACCUCAGUGACACUUAUGAAAGAUCUUGGGUUUGAUGGAAUCGACAUUGACUGGGAGUAUCCAGAGAAUGAGAAAGAGGCAAAUGACUACGUUCUUUUACUCAAGGCAUGCAGAGAGGCUCUCGACGCAUACUCUGCCAAACAUGCCAAUGGCAAGAAGUUUUUACUUACCAUUGCCUCCCCAGCUGGCCCUGAUAAGUAUAACAAGCUGAAACUUUCGGAGAUGAACAAAUACCUUGAUUUCUGGAACCUUAUGGGAUAUGAUUAUAGCGGCAGCUGGGAUAGUAUAUCGGGACACAUGUCAAACGUGUAUUCUUCGUCGUCCAAGCCCGAGUCUACGCCAUUCAGUAGCGACAAAGCUGUCAAAGACUAUAUUAAGGCCGGUGUUCCCGCUAACAAGAUUGUUCUUGGGAUGCCUUUAUAUGGACGAGGCUUUGCUGAAACUGAUGGUAUGGGAUCGAGGUUUUCUGGCAUCGGCGAAGGUAGCUGGGAGAGAGGUGUUUGGGACUACAAAGCACUUCCUCAGUCCGGCGCCACUAUUGCAGAGCUUAAUGACCUUGUUGCUUCGUACUCAUAUGACAAGAGCAAGCGCUAUCUCAUCAGCUACGAUACUCCCAAUAUUGCAGCACUCAAGGCGGAUUACAUUACUAAAAACGGCCUUGGUGGUGGUAUGUGGUGGGAGAGCAGCAGCGACAAAAACGGCACGGAUAGUCUUGUUGGCACUGUUGUCAAUAGAUGGGGCGGGAAUGGUCGCUUUGAGAAACGCCAGAAUGAAGUCAACUACCCUGACUCAAUCUACAAUAAUCUCAAGAAUGGCAUGCAGUAA